UUAUUUUUCUAUAAAUUAAACUAGCUACAACAUUAUACCCACAUUUCCCAAACAAACCAUUUUACUACAGAUUUUUACGCCAUUCACAUUCUCUCGGUGUCCUCUAUUCUUCAUCAAGAAGGCAUCAUCCAUGGCUAAUAAGUUCUUAGCCAUCCUCUUCUUAUCCCUCCUGGCCAUCUCUUUGCUUCAAACCACUAUUUUGGCGAAAGAAGGGCAUCACCAUGGCCAUGGUGCUGGAAGUUUGAAAAGCUCUCAAUGCCCCGGACAGUGCAUAAGAAGAUGCAGCAGGACCCAGUACCACAAACCUUGCAUGUUUUUCUGUCAGAAAUGUUGUGCAAAAUGUCUCUGUGUCCCACCGGGUUAUUAUGGUAAUAAACAAGUUUGUCCUUGCUACAACAACUGGAAGACAAAGGAAGGCGGUCCAAAAUGUCCCUAGAUUGUUCUUACUAUAAUUGAUUAUUUUUACUACAAUUUACUGUAGUAAUUUACCAUAUAUUGUUAUAUUUUUAUCAACCCAUAUCAUAUAGGUAUAAGGCUAUUAUGGUCUUUUAGUUGUUGGGGUUCAUUUGAUUAUUGUAAGAUGGACCAAUGAAUUAUGAAUAUGUGAAAAUAGUUUGAUUGGUCUCCAAUAUUGGGGCCAGUGUUCUCAUGCUUUAGAGCAUCGGGUAUAGAACGAAAAUGUCGAACCCUGAAUGCUUA